AUGUCGGACACCACGAGCAACAAGGAGUUCAUCGAGAUGUCCUCCGACGGGGUCAACAACAAGGAGUUCGUCGAGAUGUCGUCGGAAAGGGCCGUCUUCGAGACGAACAAGAUCGACGCCAAGGGCGGCACCGAGGCCGAUGCCCGCGAGAUGUCGAUGCUCGGGCGGACGCAAGUCCUCAACCGCAACUUCCGCUUCCUCUCGACGCUGGGCUUUGCCUGCACGCUCAUGAGCACGUGGGAGAUUGCCCUCAUGACGACCAGCUUCGGCCUCGUCAACGGCGGCAAGGCCGGCCUCGUCUGGGGCUACCUGAUUGUCUGGGUCGGCUACAUGCUCGUGUUUGCCUCCAUCGCCGAGAUGGCCUCCAUGGCGCCCACGUCCGGCGGCCAGUACCACUGGGUCUCGGAGUUCGCCCCGCCGCGCGCCCAAAAGUUCUUCAGCUACACCAUCGGCUGGGUCUCCGUGCUCGGCUGGCAGACCGGCCUGGCCUCGCUGGCCUUUCUGGCCGGCACCAUGAUCCAGGGCCUGCUGGUCCUGGCCCAGCCGACGUACGUCUUUGAGAACUGGCACGGCACCCUGCUCGUCAUCGGCAUCACCGCCUUCUGCAUCGUCUUCAACACCUUUCUGGCCGGCCGCCUGCCCAUUGUCGAGGGCACCGUGCUCGUCGUCCACGUGCUGGGCUUCUUCGCCGUCCUGGUGCCGCUCUGGGUGCUGGCGCCGCGCUCGACGCCCGCCGACGUCUUCGGCACCUUUGGCAACCUCGGCGGCUGGGACACGACGGGCCUCGCCUUUAUGGUCGGCCUGCUGUCGCCCGUCUACACGCUCAUCGGCGCCGACUCCACCGUGCACAUGUCCGAGGAGGUGCGCGACGCGUCGCGCGUGCUGCCGCGCGCCAUCAUGUGGGCGGCCACCAUCAACGGCUCCAUGGGCUGGGUCAUGCUCAUCACCUUCUGCUUCACCAUGGGCGGCGUCCUCGACAUUGUCGACACGCCCACCGGCUACCCCUUCAUCGCCGCCUUCUUCAACGCCACCAACAGCAUCGCCGGCACCGCCGUCAUGACCUCCAUCCUCAUCGUCAACGUCACCUCCGCCUGCAUCAGCACCGUCGCCACCGUCUCGCGCCAGACCUGGUCCUUUGCCCGCGACUGCGGCCUGCCCUUCUCCGACGUCAUCGCCCACGUCAAGCCCGGCUGGAACAUCCCCCUCAACGCCGUCCUCCUCACCUUUUCCAUCACCGCCCUGCUGUCCCUCAUCAACAUCGGCUCCUCCGUCGCCUUCAACGCCAUCGGCUCCCUCGCCGUCAGCGCCCUGCUCGGCACCUACCUCAUCUCCUUUACCUUUCUCAUCCUGCGCCGCCUGCGCGGCCCCGCCCUGCCCUCGAGUCGCUGGUCGCUCGGCCGCUACGGCCUGGCCGUCAACGUCGGCGCCGUCAUGUACCUGUCCGUCGUCUGGGUCUUUGUCUUUUUCCCCCAGGCCAAGGACGUCACCCUCACCACCAUGAACUGGAACGUCGUCAUCUUUGUCGGCACCAUGCUCUUUUCCGUCGUCUACUACUUUGCCUACGGCCACAAGCGCUACAUGGCGCCCGUCAGCCUCGUGCGCCGGCAGGAGUAG